GAAGAGGGGCCGACCAGAGCCCUGGAGGAGCUGCUCCCCAAAUAUGUUAUGAAGUGGAUCUACGGUGCACACAAGAGCACUUUCUGAAUAUAGGCGUUACCUAUACUGACUCCCCGCGGGCGAAAGGAGGCACAUUUACAUUUCAGGGUGCCUUUGAUUGGCUGGAGUUGGAAAAAUCUGAAUUCCUACACUUUUUCCCCCCAGGAGGCUCAGAGGCCACUUGUCCUGCAAGACACACGUACCAUGCUCACCGUCUUCGGAACCAGCAGUGGGAGAGCCUGCCCCAGCUGCUGGGAAAGGAGGCUGCGCGGAAGGAAGGAGUCCGAUUCGCGGCAGCUCGCGGGCGGGGGACGGGGGACGGGGAACGGGGGACGGGGGACGGGAGACGGGGAGGGGCGGUGCCGGCGCGCGCGCGGGCGGGGUGUGCGCGCCGCCGCCGCCGCCGCGUCACCAGCGUGCGGCACGUGCCCGUGUUUACGUCCCUCGUGGAGCAACCUACGUCAGCAGCCAAAUGGCAACAUUGUGGCGAUACUGAGGGUUACAGUUUAGGAGACGCGUCUAUCCGUCAGGCCGGCUCCGGGCGGUCGGGAAGAGGAGGAGAAGGAGGAGGGGCGGGGAGAUCGGCCUGGACGAGCGGCGGAGACGCACACUUCGCCGGCCCCUACCGCCUACCGGCCUGCCCGGCCCCGCGGAACCCGCUCUUCACCUUCCGAGAGCCGCAGACGCAGCACCGCGGCCUCGCGCUGGGGGCGGCCGGGACGGGCGCGAGGCGCUGCCGCAGCACUGGGCUUGUAAACAGAUCCAGCCGCACGUGACCAUGUGAACUACCUGCUCCGGGG